AUGUCAGUAAGUUUCCAGGCUGAUUCAGUCAAUGAGGUUCUAAACAUGAAACUCUAUUGGCUUGUGAUCUGGGCUGGAACACUGGUUUUGGAUCCAGUCACUGCUGACUGCAACAUCACUUCUCAAACGGUCACUUGUGAGGACUCUGGAAAGAACCUCUCUAAUAUCCCCAUUAAUGUUUUCCAAAACAUUACUAAAUUAAGCCUCAAAAAUAAUAAAAUCACUUUAAAUGAUAGUGACAAAAUGAUUCUUUCAGGUUUUGUUAACCUCAUUGAACUGUAUUUGAAUGAAAACAUAAUUACCACACUGUAUAAUAACAGCUUCUGCAAUCUGACAAAUCUCGUAAUUCUGGAUAUCAGCAACAAUCAUAUCAGCACAGUUCAGAAGGCAGCAUUUGCAGGAUUAAAUCAGCUGUCAGUGUUGAAUCUAUCUUAUAACAUGAUUACUGAACUAGAUUCAUAUGUAUUUACUUCUCUGAAAAGACUGAAAGUUUUAGAUCUACAGUAUAACUUUCUGAAAUCUUUUCAUAUAAAAUCAUCUUUUAGACUGAUUAAAAUAGUUUUAGCUGGCAACCCAUGGAGCUGCUCCUGUGACCUCCUUGAUUUACAGAUAUGGCUAACGGCCUCCAAUGUGACAAUGGAAAAUGAAAACAGCACUACAUGUACGUUCCCAGACACCAAGAAAAAAUUCUCCAUCAAGACGGCAGCUAUCCAGCCACCUGACUGCAUAACUGAAAACGCUCCUCUAGAGAACACUGUAACUCCCACUCCCACCAUUAAGCUCCAAAGAGGUCACUUUCUAACAACCGUGACUCCAAACAACAUCACCGGAAACAAUGGAACACAUGCAGAGUUACCACUUCUUGGCAAAAGUUGGACCUUCCUAGCGGGUGUUCUAGGGUUUGUCCUAGGCACUACACUCCUGAUUUUUACGGCUACCAAGUGCCCGACCUGGUAUCGCUAUUUGAUCAGCUACAGUCACCGUCGUCUGGAAGAAAAUGACUCGGAGAUGUUUGAACAGGAGUUCUCAGCUGACAUGAGAUCCUCUCCUACAGCGCUGGGUACAGACAAUGAAGAUCCCAUAGUAAUAUUUGAGAAAAUUCAGGCACUGGGGCCUGUAGAAGAUGGAUUUAUUGAGGAUAAAUACAUAGAUCCUUACCUAACAGAGCAGAGUUAA